ACCGUCACUCAGUUUUGAGAGCCCGUCGAGCUAAGAGCAAGCGUGAGUUUUCGCUGCGUGCGUUGCGGUUCAAGGAAACAAGCCCAGCAAGGAAGCGCCUUGUUCGGUGUGUUUGUGUGUAUUAAUUGGUAGAAAUAGACGACAGAGAAACAAAAAAAAACAAAAUACAGCUUAAAACAAUUGCUCUUGGUGUGGUGGCAAGUAAGGCGCAGUAGUAGUGGUUUAAAAGUGCGAUAAAUUGUGAUAAAGUGAUAUGAAUAGUGCUCUCGCAUCGCUGUCGCAAGUGUGGUGUAGAGAACGAAAAGAAACAAGUUAACGUGACGACGAGAAAAAACCAUACUCCUUCCGUAAGAAAGUGAGAGAGCCGCAGCGGAAGAAGAAAUCAUCACGACAUCGCGUCUCCAAGUCAGAACGGGAAAAACGGAAACACAAUUCCACACACACAUAUCCACACGCAGUGCUCCAAAACCCCCUAACGAAACGAAAACAAAACCCCCGAUCGUUGUCAAGGAGACGGUGCUUGAUGUUUUUUUAACCUGUGUAUGUGUGUGUGUGCAUUACAUGUGCGUGUGUAUGCGUGCUGUGUUCGUGGUCUGUUAGUUUCCUGCUUGAAAGGAACAGUUUUGUUGAAAGUCAGCCCCCGCAAGCUAACCAUUAAAUAGGCUUGGCGUUUGUCCCGUCGAUUGUUUCCUUUAAUGUGAAGCAGUUCUGAAUGCAUUAGUGUUUGGAGUGCGCGUGUGAGCAUACAAAUUGGAGCCUCAUUAAUGAUAAGCUUGGUGUGGUGCAGCGAACGAAAAAUCAAACGCCCAUCAUAUUGAGAAUGGAUGUGUGAAUGUUGCAAGAAGGAUACACACAGCUUUAGUGCGUACACACGUGUGCUGAUUACGGUGCUGGAUGGUAUAUAGUGCAAAGUGAAAAUCAAGCAAAAAAGCGCCAUCAGAAAACACGCUCUUUUUUGGGUGGUGAAGCAAACACGGUUGACGAAAGCGGAGUGUAAGGCUCUAAUGUUGGAUGCACAAUGGCCACAUCACCCACACCAUCCUUAGAUUCGCUACCGGGUGCAUCCAAUUCCAUCGGUUCGUUCGGUGAACCCGCUGACUACCUGUCGGACUCUCCGCUAACAACGCUGAGUGGUGGCUCUGGCACAACCGGUUCCUCCCCGCCGGCCAGCGAUUCGGCGAUCUGCGACGACUUUGCGACUUCCUCCAGCCUUGAGUCCGCCCAGUCGAACAACGGUUCGUCGGAAUCGCUGUUUCCGCGCUGCACCGGCUGCAAAAGCAAGCAAUCGGAUGCGGUAGCCAAAUGUAUGGACUGCGACAACUUUCUGUGCGCUAACUGCGUUACCGCACACCAGUUUAUGCACUGUUUCGACGGCCACUCAGUUUACCGUAUUACGGGCGGCAGUUUGGGCAGUGUUGUUGGCGGCGGCGGUGGUGUCAACACGUUCGGCUCUAUCGGAUCCCUGGCCAACGGGACGAUGGCGGCCAACACGGUCACCACGACUGCUCCGACCACGCCAACGCUGGGCGGAUUGCUGGGAGGCUGCCUCGAUGGGACCGGUCUGCUUGCCGGCAGCAUUCUGGGCGGCGGCAUGGGCGGCAAAAUGCUCCAGAUGGGAGGCUUCGAUUCGGCCCAUCCGCGGCUCAGCACGCUCAAUCUGACCAUCAAGGACGAUGCUAGCAGCCUGGUAAAAUCUAUCAUGAACAAUGUGAUAACGCCCCCGACUUCUAACAGUGCCCCUGGUAGUGGCAGCAACAUCAACAAUGGCAACGGUACUGGCAACAAUAACGGCAACAACAACAACAACAGCAGCAGUAAUAGCAGCAGUAGCAGUAGUAGCAGCAGCAGUAGCAGCAGCAGCACAAGCAGCAGCAGUGGUGGAAAUGGCAACAGCUUGCUGAAUCAGGUCAACAGUCAGCUUUCGGCCGUGAUGCAGCCAUCAACCGGCUUGGGAACGGAUUUGCUGCUCUCGAACGGCCUUGGCAGUGGUGGUGGAGGUGGUGGGAUACUUGGUGGGUUGUUGAGCAACGGCAGCAUUGGAUCCGGGCUGGGCGGUGGUCUGCUGGGCGGAAACAAUAAACCGAACUACUUCUGCAAGCGCCAUCCCAGCGAGCUGCUCAAGUUCUAUUGCCGCACGUGCAGCGUUCCGGUGUGCAAGGACUGUAUGCUGCUGGACCAUCCGAAUGGGCUGCACGAUUGCGAACACAACAGUGACACUACGCCGAAGCAGAUUGAAAGCUUGCUGCACACCGUGUCGGAAGUGCGCGCCAAGGCACAGGACCUUCGAUCGCUGAUCAAGAACGUCGAGCACAGCGGCCAGCGUAUCCAGCUGCAGUAUCACAAGGCGCAGAAUGAGAUCGAAGAUACGCACCAGUUCUAUCGCUCGAUGGUGGAUGAGCGUAAGGCGGAGCUGCAGAAGGAGCUGGAAAAUUUCUACAACGCAAAGACCGUCUCCCAGUCGGAGCUGCUCAAUCGCAGCCAGGACCAUGUGGACAAGAUGCUGCAGAGUUGCGAAUUCGUCGAGCGUCUAACGAAAUGUGCCGGCCCCUCCGAGACGAUCAUGCUGCGCAAGUUCAUGGAAAACAAGCUGAUGCUCUUCCCCGCGAUCACACACGACCUGCAGGCUUCGUACGAGCUGGAGUUUGUUUCCAACUAUCAGGCGAUCCAGAUCGGUGUCCGUAACACCUACGGCUACAUUCGCUCAAAUGCAGACCUGUCCAGUGUCACGACGAAACAGCCACCCAUUGCACGUCCCACCUCAACUACUAAUGGAGGUUCUCUGCUCGGAGGCAAUCGCAGUGCCAGCCCAUCCAACAGCAGUACCGGCAGCAUGAAUUUGAUGUCUCACCAUCAUAUGAGGAACGGCGAUGGUCUCAUGAACGGUGGCAGUGGUGGAGCACAUCUGCUCGACCAUCACUCGCACCAGCGCCAUCAGCAGCAUCAGCAGCAUCAGCAACAGCAUCAGCAGCGAUCCUUCGGUGGUUCUUUGGUGAACGGUGGUGGCCACGGUGUGAACGGUGGUGGAUUAUCGACGUCUCCCCUGAGCGGGUGCGGUACAGGAUCCAGCAUGGUCAAUGGACUGUCGGCAGCUUUCGAUACAACGAACCUGAUCUCCAAGCGGUUCAACAGUGCUAACAGCCUCGGUCCAUUCGUUGGAGAGCCAUCGAUUGGGCAGCCUAUUGGCAAUGCGUACGAAAAGUGGAGCAACGGAGGUGCAACUGAUCUGUUCAACAACCUCUCUGAUCAGUACACUAUUCCACUGAAUUCUAUUGGCGGUGGAGGCGGUGGUGGCGGUAGUUCGGGUGCCGGUGGACAGCAAGACCCAUCGGCAGCGAUGAUCGACCUUACGGCGAAGCUGAUGUCAAGUUCAAUGUUCCCGCCCAAGAGCCAAAUCAAGCGUCAAAAGAUGAUCUAUCACUGCAAGUUCGGCGAGUUCGGCGUGAUGGAAGGCCAAUUCACCGAGCCGAGCGGUGUGGCGGUAAAUGCACAGAACGACAUCAUCGUCGCCGACACCAACAACCAUCGGAUACAGAUCUUUGAUAAGGAGGGUCGCUUCAAGUUCCAGUUUGGCGAAUGCGGCAAGCGGGACGGUCAGCUGCUCUAUCCGAACCGUGUAGCCGUUGUGCGUACGUCCGGUGACAUCAUCGUGACGGAGCGCUCGCCGACGCACCAAAUUCAGAUCUACAACCAGUACGGCCAGUUUGUGCGCAAGUUCGGCGCUAACAUCCUGCAGCAUCCGCGCGGCGUUACCGUGGACAGCAAGGGCCGUAUCGUUGUCGUGGAAUGCAAGGUGAUGCGUGUCAUCAUCUUCGACCAGUCCGGCAAUGUGCUGCAGAAGUUUGGUUGCAGCAAGCAUCUCGAGUUCCCGAACGGGGUCGUAGUCAACGACAAGCAGGAGAUCUUCAUCAGCGACAAUCGAGCACAUUGCGUGAAGGUGUUCAACUACGAGGGUCAGUUCCUGCGGCAGAUCGGUGGCGAGGGUGUCACCAACUACCCGAUUGGCGUAGGCAUUAAUGCCAGUGGCGAAAUCCUUAUCGCGGACAAUCACAACAACUUCAACCUGACCAUCUUCACACAAGACGGGCAGCUGGUAUCAGCCAUGGAGAGUAAGGUGAAGCACGCCCAGUGCUUCGAUGUGGCCCUCAUGGACGACGGCAGCGUGGUGCUAGCGAGCAAGGACUACCGGUUGUACAUCUACCGGUACGUGCAGGUGCCUCCGAUCGGUCUGUAAAUACAUUCGCCUGCACCUUUUCAACCCAAAGUCUGACAUCUUCCAUGACAACCGCCAAAAGAGGUAGGCAUCCUACAGACAGACAGUACCGAAGGCAAAUGAUGUAGCAGAGCGAGAAGGGUCGUCUCAACACAGUUGGUGAAUGUACAUCAAUGUCCCUAUGUGUUAUUUUGUACUAGCCGUAAGAAUAGUUUGACAUUUUAAAAAGCAAACAAACAAACAAACAUGCACACAUACACUCCCCUACUGGCGACACCGAUCUGUAUGCUGCUGUAUGUUGUUCGUGGAACAUCUGUAGGACGCUAUCCGCUUUUAUUGUGCAAACGGAACGAAAUUCGAAUUGAAAGUGCAUCGACGAGAUUUGUGAUAGUUCUUUACCCCAUUGAAUUGUGUUGGGUGCCAGCAUAAAAGAUAUAUGUAUCGCCAGCACCGACCGGAAGCGAAGAAUUCAAGCAUACCACAUAAUUCUCUAGAGCGUGGUGUGUGAAAUGCCAAUAUCAACAUGCAUAGGACGAACAGACAAACGAUCAGAAGUGAAAUGAAUCUGCAAUGAUCUAACAUUUAACGGCUAUCAGGAUUGUGUAAAGAACUGGAAAUAUUUUCAUACAUGUAUAUAUAUAUAUGCUAGUUUAUAUAUAUGUGCGUAUGAAUGUAUGUUAAACUGUGUGCGCGUGCUUGUGUAUUUAGCAACUAACGAGUUCAACACAAUGCUCAGAAGGAUAUGCAUCGAACAAUCAGACUUGUACUGAAUCUAACAGAUCUCCAAAAACAAAACAGUCAACUGCAAACGAAAAGAUUGUUUUAGCAUCGUUAAAUUUAAGCAUCUUUGUCAAGUAUAGUGAAAGUUAGGUGACAGUAAUAAUAACGUGGCGCAAUUACAUGAUGAAAAAGGCGUUAAAAGAACGGAAGAGCGCUAGGAAGACAAGAAAGCAAAUAGACAGAAAGAGAAAAGGAUAAAGGAUGAGAUAGAAUUGUCAUCAUGCGCUUCCUAAAUUGCGAGAUUCUUGUUGACAUAUCGAAUUUAGCACAAAAUGUGUGUGCCAGCUGUGCUGCUACUGUAACUGCUAGAGAAUACCACACUAACACCUACAGACACGCAUACCACACACCCUGGCAAGACGUUCACUGUCAAAAGAGGUGCGCUUAACACGUUGGAGUAGCCACAACAUAAACUAUUCACGAUAACGCCAAAACAUAGACAGCCAACAACGCUCAACGCUUCGACGUUAUCCGCAAUCGUUGAAGCAUAAACGUCGAAUGUGCGUCCUUAGCAGGCAGCCUUUUACUUGGAUCUUCGCUCAACGUGCCGAUCAGCUGAGGAGAUACGAUCAACAAAAUAGAAGGCGGAUACGGUCGUAAGAAACAUCCGUGUCAAGUAAGAUGUGUUUGUUUGACCUGUUGAUUAGAUCCCACCCAGGUUCUCAACUGUAGCAGAUAACGUGUUUUUUUUAAAUUGCGCGGUGUACAACUAAGUUUUUGUUUGUUUUUAUAAUUAUUUUUAUGUUUAUUAUUAUUAUUAUUAUUAUAUUGUGUUAUCUGUGCGACAAAAACUGUUUGAACAAUAAUUUUUAUGUUGUGUAUAAUGCAGUGUUGGCUGGUGUGCUUGCAACACCCCAACAAAAAUAGAACGCAAACAAGCGAGAAUGCCCCAUUUUGGCGACUACAAUCACAUUAUGGGGUCUGAUUUUGUUUAACAUUGCAAGGAUAGCGAAAAUGUUUGCAUCCCAAAAGAGAUAUCGAAAUGAGAGAAUGACUGAAUCAAGUUCGUACUAAGGGCAACUUUGAUUACAGUUCGUUGAGCGGUGGUCGCAAAUAAGGUACUUUCAAUUUGACUGAAUUGCUCUGCGCAGAAGACUAUUGUUGACAUGUUUUAGUUCUUGCUUAAUAUAUUGUAAUAACUAGUCUUAAAUGCAUCGUGUUCUGUAUACUUUUUUUAAACAGCAAAACCUUUACAAAUGACCCGAUUCUCAAAAAAGAGCCCUACAAACUUUACGAAAUGUCGACCCAAGCGGUCGUUUUCAACAAGACACCAUUCCCGAAUGGUACUCAAACAGUAGGAGAGACACUGAUUUGAUCUUUUGUGCUCAGCAGCAGCACGUUCUAGGAAUAAUGAUAACGAUGACGUUCAACAACUGCAUCAAAAGAGUCAAUGUAAUAUUGAUACGAGUACGUAAUAACUAAAACUCUGCUUUCGUAUAUUGGUUUAAGCGGAAUUGUAAUAGACUAUUUGAAGCUUUUGUGUGCGGUUAAAAUCCGAAGCAGGUAUUGCUCUCUCGAAGCCGUCGGGAGCUACUUAAACAAAGACAACCAAAAUUACCAAAAUUGCAUGUAAAAACUAUUAUUCCUACAAGUUAAUCUUACCUCGUACAGCGUAAGGCGAAAGUUAUAAUAUUUUUGUUGAAUGCCGUGCCCUUUUAUUGGUUCAUGACUUAUUAACGGCUCAUUUUUCAAGCUCAUGUUUUACAAAAAAAAACUUCUUCAACAUAGAACUUGGUAUGAAAGGUAUUUGCACUUUAAGUCACUUCCUUUGCCAAUCCAAGCACAAUUCUGAACGAAAAAAAAUUGGUUGCUUAUGAAAUACACUAGGAUAAAAAAAAACUAGCUGAAAACGGUGGAUCAACAUAAAAAUCAUAACUAAACGUUAGUAGGUAUAUUUAAAAAGAAAUAUUUAGAUAAAUUGUUAAAUCAGUGUACCCUUUCAAGAAGCAACGGAUGAGCAAAAAUGUGCGAUGAUGGUGUUUACACUGGAAUUUGCAUGCAUUUUUUUUUCUUGAAAGGCGUAAUAUGGCGAAUCGAGUUUCUUUGUUAUCUUUUCCUAAUUGCAACGAACAAUUGCUCCAAUCUGAUCAUCUGUCGCGACGAACAGCCUCAGUUCGCUGUUAAACGAAAAAAGGAAAAAAAGAAUUAUUACGCGAUCAACAGUGAUAAUUGAAACUGUGAGUUGGUGACAAAUGGUGCGUUGAAUUCGUUCAAAUUCCGAUUUGUUUGUAGUUUUCAUAUUUUAGUUCUGUACGAUGUUGCAUUGUUUUACCCCAUUCUAAGUCUCCUAUUUAUAUAAUGUUUGCUCACACUUUGCUCUCUUUUAUUGUUCUGUUCCAGUUUGAGUGCGUUUCUACUUUUUUCAUGUGUGUGCUUUCUGUAAAUUAUCACCUCUUUUCGCAUGAUUCAAUUUUAUUUACAAAAUACUGUUUCCAUUUUCCAUCAUCAAUAACACGCAGUACGUAAAAUAGAAUGAGCUUAGAUUUAUUUUGUGUUAUUUGAAAUCGUGACAAAGAAUUUAAAUUCAAUCUUUGUUGCAACGAACAAAAGCCAACGGCAUUUUUAGAGAGAAAACAUGCCUGCAUUGAGCACAUUUCCUUAAAAAGUAAUGUACAAUAGUUUCAAGAAAUGCGUUUGAGUUUAACAAUAAAAUAUGAUGGAGAUGGACAGAUGGAUAUCGCAAAUGAUUGUUUUUUAUCGACCGCGAUUGCCAUACACAUGGAACUCGAUCAAUGGCGUAAAACAGAAAAUUAUCCACUCCUCAUAUACACAGUGCAGUAUUAAGAAAUGUUUUAGCUUGUCGUUUGAUGAGUUUUCGUGUAAUAAAUUUUCUGUUGUUUUUUUUUUGUAUUAGAACAAAGAAUAGGACCACAUACGCUUGUCGAUGAUCGUUUGUUACACUAUUUUUAAAUCCCCUGUCGUGUGCUUAACGUAAGAGUUCAGUAUUUUAUACACAUUACACAUCUAGUUAUUUAGCCUAAGAUGUUCGAUAUCCAUAUCCCAGGACCGUGUUUUAUUAUUAUUAUUAUUAUUCUUGUAAUUUACGUUUGUAAGUGUCCAUACAGGUCUGAGCAUGAUGGUGUUCGUAAUGUGUCUCUCUGAUGUAGAGCCGUAGAGUAUUUGUCAUAGUUUAAGUUAGCAUUUCAAUUGUAUUAGGUUUUAGCGAACCAGACGUCUACUUACUGCAUUUAAAACCAGGACGGCUCGAUGCCCAAAUCGCAAGCCCUUCCUUUUUUAAGCUAAUAGUAUUUAGUUAUAUUACCGAUGUUUGUUGGUUAUGUUGAUCUUUGUGUUGUUAAAUUAUAAUGCUUAAGUUUUUGAGUUUGAUGAGUUUGCUUAAUUAGUGUGAACAGAUCUAGAAACAAUUCUCGAUAAACGAUCCCAGGCUCGAUUGUCAGCAACGUAUAAUGUCUCGCACGACAGCAAUAGAUCACGCUUGCCAGAUAAAUAGUAAAAAAAACACAAGAAAUAAAAACAAACUACAUGUUGAACAAGCAAUUGUGUUACUACGUAAUCAAAAGUCAACCAGUACAGCAGCCCACAUAACCGUUCGUGGCGCGAAGCAUCGUUAUUGCAUACAGCAAACAUUCACUCCAUGCACUCACAUUUGACGUGCAAUCGACUGAUAAUGCUAUUAAAACUGAAAUGAUAUAAAGAACAUCAAUUCUAGUUGCAAGGCGGUUGCACAGAAACAGAGAUAAAGAAAGCACUAAUGUGUUUCUCUCAAUCUUAUUUAGUUUUCUCGUUCAUUACUCGUAUCUCGCAAUGACUUUCUUCGUUCAUAUCGACCGAAAAGCGAAAAGCUAUUGUUAGGAGUUUAUACGGAUUAUUAUUAUUUUUUUAAGUAUAUCUUUUUUUUGAUGAUUUAUUAAGAUAAUUUAAAAGGUAAAUAAAAGUGUUGUUUAGUCAAAUUUCAUAAUUUGUUUAUUUGUUUCCUUAUAUUUAUUCUUAUUUUAUUUUAUGCUGAAAUUUUUGAUUUCACACCCCUAAACAAAUACUAACAUUCAUGCUCUCACUAGCAUCAACUAACCUCAAACACUUACUAACUAAUUUCAAAAUUCAUCCUCAAAAACUAAACCACCAAACUAACCUACAUCAAAUCAACACUUUAAUUCGACGAAAAUGUCUAAAUUGUCGAUGAACCUUUCGCUGUUCAGUGAAGAUACCAUGAAAAAUCGAAGCUUCAUAAAGAUCAAUAACAUACCAACAAAUACGCUUUUGGUUUGCAGAUUCUCUUCUCUCUUUUGUGUAUGCUUUAUUUGUAUAUUUGUUUAGUGUUACAACCGAUCAUUAGCUACUUGCAUGUAUUCCAUGGUAGAACAUUUGGUAUUAAUCAUCAGAAUGGGUUUGAGCAAUGUAACAUUCACUAUUCCUCUAAAAAAUGAUGCAUAUAACUACUAGAAUAAUUUGCAUGUACCAUGCAUAAGGAAAAGAUGACAUGAAAGAAACUCUUUGGUGCGUUCUGAGAAGCCUUUUUGCUAUUGUCCAGCAAAACGGUCAAAACGGCAAUACACGAAGUUCGCUUAUAAUAAAGAUGGGGUUGCACACUGUUCGUGAAUUUUCCGGAGCUAAAUUAAAUAGUAUUAUAAUAUUUUUUGUGGUCAUUAUUUACUUUACCAUAAGUGUAUUGCGCUGUGCUUGCUCUUGUCCAUGUUUAAAUAAUAAAUCUUAUUUGUUCUAUUAUGCUAUUUUUUUGCUGAACGUUUAGAAUGAAUUCUCUUAUUAUCUCCUAGAGACUUGAAUCUAACUUUAUAUGAUAUAGUAAAAGCAGUUGAAUGCUUACGCGCUGCUACGUUUUAACAUUAUUUACCAAAAGAAGAAAAGAAAACCAAAUAACGGUACUUUAAAGAAGACAUUAAAACAAGAAGAACCAAGGGAUGCAAAUACUCUACUAAAAGACUGUCAUUCUUUGUAUGUUUGAAGAAUUUAGCAAUUAGAAUGUACGAGUUGGAAACUUACUUAUUUUUGGGUGGGAUAAACAUAAACACUUGUUCUACGGGAUAUAUGAGAAAUAUCCGCAGGAGGGCUAGAAUACACUGUGCUGUUCCAAGAUGUAAUAUUUUGGAAGCAUAUACACUUAAUAACAUAGGGAAUCUUAAAUACUAUCAUACAGCCACAGAAUCCGAAUAUGAAGCAUUGGAGAAUGGAUAUAGCCGGGACGACAUAGUAUUGAUCGUGCUUUCAGAUGGAUAACAGUACAAUGACAUCCUGUGGUGAGUGGCGAACGAAGUAAACUAUUAGGAAAUCCUGUUGCAAACGAAAAACGAAAAAGACAUCAAUUUCUAUACGGGCACACCAACCGCACUUGCAAUUGAGUUUACGCAAAUCACCCACGUGGACGCAAUUGCGUGGUGUGGUAAAGUGAAUGAUGAUAAGGGAAUUAUUAUGAAUAUGGUUCUGAUGCAUCAGUGAAUAGAGUGAUAAGAAUAUCGAUCGUGCUACUACCACAGCUUUCACACGGUAUCGUGCUGUGUAACUGCAUGGAAAAGGAUAGUGUAAUGCUAGAGCCAACACCACUGGAAAGAGAAUAGUUGUAAGGAAAUGAGAUUUCAGUUGUUUGCACCAGAGUGAGUUUGCAUCCUGCUACCAAACUAAAUAUGGCAGCAGUGAUGGUUUCCGACGAAUGCAAAGUGCAGUUAGUUCAGCAUUACUUGAGCGCAAACAUUCGUAAACAUUUUGCGUCCUUAGGCGGGGAACAACAAUGUAAAACAACAAACUACACACAUACAUGCACACACACACACACACACACACACACACACACACACACACACACACACACACACACACACACACACACACACACACACACACACACACACAUAGAUACACUACAGUCUGUUGGAAUGGGCGCUAGCAGGCGAGCGCAUGGUGUGUAGUUGCGGUGGUACACGAGUGUGCGAUCGGCGAUGUGUCAACAUUGAUAUGAGCGCAAAGAACGAGAAAAACUAUUUGCAAAUAUGAUCGAAUUGUAUGUUAGAAUGCUAAAAAUGCCAAAUAACCAUAACACUUCUCUAUUAGUUACUAGAGAAAGAUGGAAAGUGGAGCAACAAACUAAACAUAAUCACAAUCAUUAAACAUUUCUCGGUUUUUGGAUGAACGGUAUUACGAAUAUUAUGAUUAAUAUUAUCAUUAUUAUAUUAUUAUUACUAUUAUUAUUAUCAUUACUCCUAUUGCUAUUAGAAUUAUAAUCAUUAUUAAUAAUGCAUAUUUCGGAGGAAAACAAAUGUCAAAGUGUUUGUUCGUCGUCUUUUUGCGAAACAAUAGAAAACCCACGCAACUCGUGCGAGAUAGAUGGGGUAGAGUUACUGUUAAAAAACCCAAAGCAAACCCAAUGUGACUUCGUCAAGCCAACAGAACAAUUAGAAGAAGAUAAGAAGAAAAAAACAGCAAUGAAACCAACCAACUAAGUGCGGGGGCUGUUUGUUUGAGAAAGCACAUUGAGUAGAACUAUUUUCCGGUGUUUGCUGGUUUAUCCGUUAGGAAAUAGUGUCGGAAAGGGGAAGAGAAUGGGAAGUAGAAAGACUGAAGUGAAAGUCUUGCUUUUGAACUGACGUUGCCGCUGCUGUCGGUCUGCGUGCGGCGUAAAGUUUGUUUCUAAAUGUAAAACAUUAACCAAUUCUAGUCUUAUCGCCAUCCACAUGAAUAUCGCCAAUAUGGCUUUAGUGUAGUAGUUGUCAUUAUCAUUAACAUAACCAUCCCUACCAUCUCCAUCGUACUCUAAUGAUAAUCAUCAUCAUCAUCGUCAUCAUCAUCGUCAUGAUCAUCAUCAUCUCAGACUCAUUUCACCAAUAAAAUCGCACACACUACACUACUGGCUGUCUCAUAUACAUCACAUGUUUGUUUUUUCAUGCUUUUUGCGUUCGUUGUAGUUUGCACCUUUGACAUUUGCCAACUCUUCAUUCCACACAUCCAUCACGCGUUUGAUUCAUUUCUUUCUGUUAUGGUGGUGCGUAUGCGUGUUUCUAUGUUUUCCACUGAUCAAGCUCAUACGUAUUAUCCAUCGUCAUCGUAAAAUCCGUUUUCAGACCACGUUAUCGUUGCACACGUUUUUGAACGAAUACUUGUUACGGAAGAUCGACAACUUCCAAUGGCCGAUGUCGGAAAGAUGGCGGACGUUGUAACCAAAAAAUAUCCUGUUGAAAAUUGCACUUAGAAGAAGAAAAAAAAACACAUUCGGCGAAUGAUCGCAUUCAUUCGAACCAAGGUGCUAGGAUCAUUUGGAAGUAAGAGUAAUGAAGUCAUUAAAAUGAAUUGUUAUGUAGUUAGCUUUCUUUCGAUGAUCUUUAUGGUGAGAUUCGGAUUAUUCAUUUACAUUAUCUGCCGGUAGCCUUUUUAAUUUAUCUAAUACCAGGACCUUAAGCGAAAGGCCUGGCAUACUUCGUCAGCGAUAUGCGACGUUUCAUUUUCCACUCUGGACGCGACCCUAUAGGGGAACAGUUUUAUAUUACACAUUACAUUUACAUUGUUUUUUUUUUAGAUCUUCCGAUCGAGUACAUCGAAUGAAAAUCGAAAGAACCAAUUACAAGCCAACUUUUGCUACGCAUGAAAACGAGGGGGAAUCACUUUAAAAAGGAUGUGUACGCCAUUCAUUGAUCGGUAAACGUGCCCCCAUCGCUUGCGUGUAUGGAGUAUGUAGAGGUUUUGUUUUGUUUUGUUUUUGGCAUGCAGCUAAAACGUUGGUUUUGUGAAACGUCUCCAUCCAGCCACUAUAAGAAAUGAAAUGUUAUACGCUUGAUAUGAUGGGGUCAAUCUGUCGGACAGACCGUGGAAUGUCGUAAGCAUAUUUUGUUGCUGCUAUCAUAUAUCAAAUGUUUGGCGGAACAGUGAAGCAUGUGUUGUAAAGCGUUUGUCUCGUAGAAGUAGUUCCAAACGUUAUACCGAUAAUGAAAUAAGGCACACGAAACAAUCAUAUUAUAAAAAAAAACUGCAUUAUAUACAGUAUACACAACAUAACUGAAGCUGGGCGGACGAAAAAAUGAAAAAUGAAGACGGAAAAAUGAAAUGAUAGGUUUUUUUUUAGUAUGUGUGUGUAUGAGAAGGUUAAAGAAAUUUAACGAAAGCAUAACCAAUAAUACACGUGCAAACAAUACAAGCCAAUGUUCGUUGAUAGAUCGUUUUGUCGAUGGGUGAGGUGGUUAAUUUACCAUUUUCUGAUUUUAUUAUUACUACCGCGUAGUUGUGAGCUGAGGGACGUAUAAUCAGCAGGAAGAAGGCACAUUUUGGGAGGAAAAAAACUCCAGGCACAAGUAACUGUUCCUAGGAAGACAACAAUUGGCGGGAUUGUGAGCGAACGCUGUGGGAAUGUGAAACAUUAUACUAAAGAAACAUACAACAUAAAUAACAUUAUAUAUACAACAUACAUAUAUUUUUGUAUUCACGAUUUCAAACAAACAAACAAAAAAACGGAGUGAAAAAAUGUAGCAAUGCAAACUUUACGCAAAACUCUACUUAACAAUAUUCUCCGCCCCACCCUGGUCUACUCCUCAUCUCUGUAUAUGAAUGUAAGCCAAAUCGAUUUUCCAUUCACAGAGAACCAAACAGGAAAACAAUAAAAACACUCGCAAUCUUGAAAGGAAGUAUAAGUCGAACGCAGGAAAGAGGAUGCGCGCGUGUAUGGCGCAACUAGAUUGUCAGCGUAGAUCAGCGCUCUACGUCUAUUUGGAAGGAAAAGCAUCGUGUGGAAAUGGAGAAGGGCAGCUGGAACGAUAAUUUCUACUAGUUAUAAAUUGCUCCAUUUGUACGCACGGAUGCAAUUUUAAAGGAAAACUAACCAGGAAGGAUGUUCACGUUGUGCUACCGAUGUUAGAUUGUUGUGCACAGGGACAAAGAUGCAAAUAAUGUAUUGAAUGUAAUCUGAUUUUUUGGGCAACAAAAGAGCGCAUUAUUGGGUUUCUACACAUUUUUACGCGGGAUGGUGAUACAUCGAUUGUGUCUUCAGCUUUUUUUGUAAUUCCCAAUGUAAUGAUGGAAUCGAAUCAGAACAGCACGCGGAGGAAUGGGAAACACAUGAUAGCUCUGAUAACUUGUUUAGGGAAUUUAACUACUUUACUCUAAGGGAAAAU